UAAAAAUGUCAGUAGUCCAGAGAAAUAAGUCUAUUAAAAAAUAUAAUGUGCAGAAGGUUACCAAGAAUGCUACCCCUAGGUCAUGAAGUGUCCCAGGGUCAGGAAUCAGCACUCCUAAAAUCUCCCAGCUUACACAAAAGGAUAGGGAGAAUAUCUGUGAAAUCGUGCUUCAAAAUGGAAUUGAUCCCAGAUCUCUGGCGUUUGAAAUUGUUACUAAAAGGGUGUGUGACCUAUUUUUAAGCAAGAAGAAGUCCAAAGGAUCUCCUCGGAACAACAAGUUGUUCAUCGAGAAUGCAGUAAAAGAUACCCUUGAUAAGGAUAUCACUUUGAAAACGACGUUAAAUAAGAUAUUUAAAUCCUCAACUUCCCCAUGUGAGGUUGAUAUUCAGAAUUUAACAGCUGAAAUUCUUCAGCAGCAACUGCAAAAGACUCAAAGUACUGACCGAACACAGAGUCAGAACAGGUAUAGUGGAAGACAUUCAGUAAUUGAACCCAAAUUUGGCAAUUUAACGGAAAACAAAACAUCAUGUAGGAAAACACAACCUGGCGAUCAUGAAAGUAGCGAAGAGAAACCUCUUGAGAAGGCAAGUCUGAUGCAAGAGUCUGAACGAGUCUCAGAGGUUUCGAUUGUUUUUAAGGAGAAGAAACUCGAGAAAAGUGAUUCUGCUCAGGAAAUUCCUCUAGAUCCACCUCCAAAGCCAAUGUCUCCGACUAAAAUAUACUAUGAAAUUGACCACACAUCUGAUAUUGAUAAGAAGGGGAGCUUUAGUGUGACCCCAACUCAGGAUCCAGAUCAGGAUGCAAAGCCUGCAGAAGUGUCUAAGAAGGCGGAACCUCCAACUCCUGAGAAGAAUAGUGGAAGGAGAUCAACAGGGAAGUUCAAUGAUGAUAUUUCAUGCUUUGAGAUCUCUCCUCCCCCAAAAGAAGAAGCAAUUGAACAAGAGAAAGUACAGAACGACACUGUACCCCAAAAUUUAGCAGAGGUUGAUAUCUUGCAAAAGGAAUAUGAGCUUGGAAGAGAACUACUGCAUAAGGCAGGGGAUAAGAUUACAUCAGAUAAUUAUCGGGAAUUAGCAAGAAUACAAUCUCUUAAUGAAUACGAUUACAAAAUUCUGCAAAUAAUGUUCUCCUUGCUUUUCUCUAUUAGAAAUAAAAGUGAUUGCAUUAUAAAUUCUCUUGAUAGGAUCGACCAUAUGCUUAAUGAUUGUGGAGAAGUUCUAUUACUCCAGUCAGACUUCGACCUGAUGAUCGAGAAAAAUCACUUCAGUAGUAAAAGUACGGUCCAGUUCAGAGAUGAGUUUGUCAAGGUCUCGCCUUACAAUUCUGCUAACCCUACCAUCAGUUGUAUUAAGGAAUACCUGUGAGAAGCAUUUUGCUUAAUAGACAUCAUUGAAGAAAUCAAAGGAUUUGAAGCCAAAAUCGCAGAAAAUGUACCAAAAAUUUCAAAGGAUUCCCCAAAAGUUGCCAAUUUUGGCCAAAGAGAACAUCGAAAAAGCAAUGAAUAUAUUGAAAGUAUGAAGGAUCCCCAGAACACAUCAAGAACAUCCGAUAAAAAUACAAUAACAGCAAGGUACUACAAAAAGAUGGAGGAACAGAAUCAAGAUUUUUCCUAUGACAUGCCAAGGAAGAGGAACGUCAGCAGGACUCCUAAAAUUAAUAAAGUCAAUAGAACGCAAUCGAGAAUAUUGAAGACUUCUACACCUAAGCUGGUGAGAGAUUCGAAGGGAGUGAAAAGAAAUGGGAUCAAGAAGAAGACCCCUAAUAAAUCUUCAUUUAUUUCAAAAAGUCCUAAACCAUCUAUACUUGGAAAGAGCCCUAAAGUGGAGAAAGGCUCCAAAAGUCUGAAGCCAGCAGAUAUGGCUAAGGAAUAUGCAUUAAAGCAUGAAAGGAAAGUUGUUAAAAAGACUACGAGAGGUGCCCAGUAUGAUGCAAAUGGGCAUAGAAUUUACAAGUCUAAAAAUCAAGUACCUAAUAAGCCAAUCAGCUCUUAUAAAAAGCCUACCACUCCAAUGAAGGUGUCCAAUAGAACAAUUGAAAGGAGGUUGGAGUCUCAUCUCCCAUCAAACUUCAAGAAUUCCCAGCAAACCAAGAGAAAAGCAGUUCGAAAGUCUUUUAAAAAGAAGAAAUCAUCGAUCCAGGAGUCUGUCCUAAGCGACCAGAAUAGGACUUCGAUCCAGUCAUACAAUCAGAGCCCAAGGAGGAAACCCGUCUCUCCUCUGAGAUCUCCCAAAAGGAAAAGUCCUAGAAGGGAAACUGGCAGAAUGAGUCCUACAAAGAGGAUGAUCGACAUGAAGAAUUCGUAUAUUAAGAACCAGAGGAAAGCCCAAAAAGACCCACAGAACGCUGGAAAGCUGAUUUAUACAAUCAGCCCAGAUGAGGGAUACAUCGUUGAUCAGGACUUUAAAGAACUGACUAAGGAAGAACUAGAAGAAGUUAGCAAGAGCAUUACAAGGAAAUCAGCAGAGUUCUGAGGGGGAGCUGACCAGGAGAGAUCUAACCAAUACGGUGAUUUGAUGGUCAAAAAUCAUCUUAAGAAGAGAGUACAAUAAAUUUAAUUUU